AUGAGCCAGGACAAGCCACUGCAGACCCUCUACAUCAGUCUGAGAUCUGAGCCCCAGCCAACCCAGUCACAGCAGAAGUUUCUGCAGGAUUCCUUUCUGAGCACCUUGAAGAUGAGUAUCUGGACCCCACCCACACUCCUGAGGCUGGCAGGAAGGAGCUUGCUGAGGGACCAGGCCUCAGCCAUUGCAGCUCUGGAGUACCUGCCUGCUGAGCUCUUCCCUCCACUCUUCAUUCACGCCUACCAUAGGAGAAAGCGGAAGCCCCUGAAGGCCAUGGUGCACGCCUGGCCCUUCACCGUCCUCCCUCUGGGCUGCCUGUCACAGUUGUCCCCGGAUAAGGUCUUAAAAGCCGUGUUGGAUGGGCUUGACGUUCUGAUUGCCCAGGAGGUUCGGCCCAGGAGGUGGAAACUGCGAGUGCUGGAUUUAAGGAACUCGGGUGCCAACUUCUGGAUAAUGUGGUGUGGAGAUAGCACCCAGAAUUGCUCACCGACGGAACCAGUGGCUGUGCACAGCUCCAGCCCCAACAUGGAGCACCCCUUGGCUCCCUUGGAGGUGUUCCUAGACCUUAACUUCAAUGAAAGGGACGGGGAUGAGUUUCUCAUGUACAUCAUCCAAUGGGCCCGGCAGAGGGAAGGGUUGCUACACCUGUGCUGCAAGGCGCUGAGGAUUUCUGAGGUGCCCUUCCAGAGGGUCAGGAGGGUCCUGGACGGGGUGCAGCUGGACUGCAUCCAGGAGGUGAAAGUAAAGUGCACCUGGGACCUGCCCACCCUGGGGACGUUUGCUCUCUACCUGGGUCAGAUGAGUAACCUGCAGAGACUCUCUCUCUCCCACAUUCACAUGUUGACAGAGGAGGAGGAGGAAGAGGAAGAGAUAGGGGAGGAAGGGGAGGAGGAGCAGGAGUGGGAGGAGCAGGAGUGGGAGGAGGAAGAGGAUUGGGGCAGGAAACAGCAGGAGGAGCAGGGAUCCUUUUCCCAAUUCCUCUCUCAGAUGCUCAGCCUGCGGCACCUCCGGGACCUCAACAUGGAUUCUCCCUCCUUCCUCCGAGGCCGUCUGGACCAGAUGCUCAGGUGCCUGCAGACCCCCUUGGACAAACUCUCCGUAACAAAUUGCCAUCGGCUGACACAUUCAGACCUGACACACCUGUUCCAGUGCCCAAACCUCAGGCAGCUGAAGUCCCUGCAUCUAUUUGGCCUCAGCCUCACGGAUUUUAGUCUUGAGCCCCUCCGAGCUCUGCUGGAGGCAGUGGCACCCACACUCGAGGACUUGGGCCUGGAUAACUGUGGGAUGGUGGACUCCCAAGUUGAGGCCAUCCUGCCUGUCCUGAGCCACUGUCACCAGCUCAGGGUCUUCACCACCUCUGAGAACAACUUUUCCAUGGCCACCGUGGAGAAGCUGCUGCGCCACACAGCCGGGCUGCGCAGUUUAGAGCACGAGCUGUACCCUGUCCCCCUGGAGUGUUACAGGAUCCAGGGGACUGUCAACAAGGAGAGACUUGCCCAGAUCCGGGCUGAGCUCAUGGGGAUACUGAGGGAGUUAGGACGGCCCAGGACCAUCUGUCUUGGCAAAUGUGGCAAAAAUAAAGUUUAUGAGGUGGAGUUUUCAUGACAUGUAGCCGUGCUGUGCCCCUGUAAUGACCCUGCUCAGUGGGAACACUCAGCAGAAGCUUUGUUCUGGUCCCUUGGAAGCUGUAAUAUAGAACCAGGUGCAUUAUGCAGGGGGCAUCCACGUUCCAGAUUCAUGCUCCUGUGAAUGGGGAAAGGAAGGGACCAAGCCCAGGUCCACGAUUACAGGGGCAAAUGUUGGGGAGUUCAUGGGACCUCAGGGGACAAGUGUCCUAGAAUCAGAAAUAUGAAUCUGAUGUGCUUGGAGGGGGAGGGGUAUUUGGGCUCGAGGUGCAUGUGUGGGAGUUAAUCCUUGGGUGGAUGGUUGUAAGGAAUGAUCAGAAAUAAAGACAAUU